CUGCAGAGCCGGGGAUGCUCCUUGCUGGUGCCCCCCACUGAGCUGAGGGAUGACGGCGGUUCUGUCACCUACGGAGUGGUGAGCUCCGUCGUGGGCAACAUCAGCCAUACCCUUUUAGACCGAUCUCGCUACCAGGGACCCUUCCUGCCUGGCUUCCAGCCCAUCCAAGGAGCCCCCUCAGCCACAGGGGACGGGAUUGAGAUCACCCACUUUGACCACAUCACAUAUGUCUGCCCCCGGCGUGGCGCCCGGGCAGCUCUGGACUGGUACCAGCGCUGCUUCGGCUUCCACCGCUUCCUGCUGAACCCGCAGGAGAGCCCGGCCGAGGGAUACGUGCUGGGGGGGCAGGGGGUGGGCAUGCUGCUCCUCGCGCUGCAGAGUGCCCAGGGCACCCCAGCACACGGCUGCAAGCUGGUCUUCGCCGAGUCCCUCUCGCGGAACGGCACCAACCAAGUCGACACGUUCCUGGAGCAGCACGGCGGGGCCGGGAUCCAGCACGUCGGCCUCUGCACCACCGACAUCGUCACCACGACCAGGGCUUUGCAGCAGCAGGGUGUGCGGUUCUUCACACCCCCCGCCACAUAUUACAGCCAGGGGGGCAAAGCAGAGGAGAUCCGGGGGGCCGGGCAGGACCCCCACAUGCUGGCAGAGCUUGGCAUCCUCCUGGACACCACAGUGCCUGGGGACAAGGGCCGGCCGGGCGCUGAUGCCACAGAGAGCCCUUCUCAGGAGUAUUUGAUGCAGAUCUUCACCCACCCCCUCUUCUCCGAGGAGACCUUCUUCCUGGAGCUCAUUGACCGUCGGGGAGCACCGGGCUUUGGGGAAGGCAAUAUACGGGCACUGUGGAAAGCUGUGCAGGUCUAUAUGGACCAGCAGCAGUAGUGGCAACACUGCAAUCCUCCACCCUCAGCUCCCCAUCCUCUCCACUCCAACCCUGGGGGCACUGCACCACUGUAGAGAUCCCAGUGGGUGCUGGUGGCAUGGCCCAGGUGGGCAGGGACCAAGGGAGCACUCCAGGUCAACCCAGAGCCAACUCAGCGUGGGAGAAAGACCCUCAGGACCAAAUGCAGCAGGGGUCUGAGCAUCCCCCAGGAUGGAGGGUGAUUUUUCUCCCUCCCUGGGUUCCCAGUGAUUUAUCAACCUCACACAAAGAACUUUCUGCCUCAGUUCAUCUUAAUUUAUUGAGACUUGAGCCUGCAGCAGGGCCAAGAGUAGUGCUGGCACAGCAGCCACCCCCAGCUGUAGAGGAAUGAAGGGCUGCCAGAGGGGAGUGGAUAAGCCUGGGGCCUUGGGCAGACUGCUCACCAAUGGUUACCACCCAGAGCACGGCCAGCCCCUGUGUGGGGUGAGUGGUGGCCUCUUGCUCCU